CAAAUUUCCAGCCCAACAACAACAACAAAGAGAGACUUCCAAAAAAAAUAUACAUACAGACUAGUCCUGUAAAUAUAGUACCACUGUGAGUGACUGAUGAGAGCUGAGCUGAGCUGAGCUGAGAGCCCCACCAAAACCAAUUAUACUACUAAAUUAAGACCCCUCUCUCUCUCUCUCUCUCUCUCUCUCUCCUCCUCUCAUAAUAAAACCCUUCACACAAGCUGAUCAUAAUUCUCUUUCCCAUGCGAUCAUGGAAGGAGGUGAUCAAGAUCAUCAACUCCACCACCACCACCACCAUCACUACCAACAACAGCAACAUCACCACCGUCCAAACUUCCCCUUCCAGCUGCUCGAAAAGAAGGAGUUAGAUCAAGAAGCCGCCUCCUGCUCUAACUCGACCUCCCCCUACCCUUCUCUAGCCAUCACCACUGUGGACCCUGCGACCGCCAUCACCACCACCACCACAACAACCUCCACUCUCCAAGCUUCCGCCGAGCCCUCCAAAAAGCCUCCUCCCAAGCGGACCUCCACCAAGGACCGCCACACGAAAGUCGACGGACGCGGCCGUCGCAUUCGAAUGCCGGCCCUCUGCGCUGCAAGAGUCUUCCAGCUCACCCGCGAGCUCGGCCACAAGUCUGACGGAGAAACCAUCGAGUGGCUUCUCCAGCAGGCCGAUCCACCGGUGACCGCCGCACGGGGCCCCGGCACAACCCCCGCCAAUUUCACAUCGCUCAACAUCUCGCUCCGCAGCUCCGGCUCGAGCAUGUCGGUGCCGUCGCAGUUAAGAUCUUCUUAUUACAGCCCCAAUUUCUCGGUUCACCAGAACCAGCGCCGGAGCCUCUUUCAGGGCAUCGGCCUCUCGUCCUCGGACAGCUCGUCGACUCUGCUAAACUUUCAAACCAACAGCAUGCACGCCUCCAUGUUGCAGGCCAAGCAGGAGCUGCGCGACACGGUGUCGUUGGAUCUCUCGGAGACGGCGUCGGGGGAGGGGAGCAUGGGAGGGAGGAAGCGGAGGCCGCCGGAGCAGGACUUGAAUCAAAUGGGUGGGGGCGGCGGUGGAGGUGGUGGAGGAUACUUGUUGCAGUCUAGCACCGGCGCAGUCCCGGCCAGCCACCACCACAGCCAGAUUCCGGCAAAUUUUUGGAUGGUGGCGAAUUCUAAUAACCAGGUUAUGAGUGGAGACCCUAUUUGGACUUUCCCAGCUUCGGUCAACAACAGCGGGUUGUAUAGAGGGACCAUGCCAGGUGGGUUACAUUUCAUGAAUUUUCCUGCUCCUAUGACCCUAUUGCCUAGUCAGCAACAAUUGGGAGGCUCUGGCGGAGGCGGUGGAGGUAACGACGGCGAUAACAUGAGUGACGGGCAGUUAAAUAUGCUCGCUGGGCUUAACCCAUACCGGCACAUGUCCAGUACGGGUGUUUCAGAGUCCCAGCAAGCAAGUGGGUCCCAUUCGCACCACGGGGGAGACGAUCGGCAUGAUAGUACUAGUCACCAUUCAUAGAUGAUGAUGGAUGGUCAGCAGUUGUUCGUCGUCGUUGUCGUCGUCGGUGGUGGUCGUCAUUUCUUCCCACAUGUGUAGUAGUUUGCUGUGUAACAACACACGUGAGGUUUGAUUGAUUGCUCUUAAAAUUCCUGAGGUUUAUUUUUAUUUAUUCCAAUUUUUUUGUGUGAUUAAUAUGAUAUGGCCGGGAUGAGAGAGUUUUUUAGGGUUUGGAGAAGAAAAGAAGACACUUAUUUUUAACAUGGGUUAUUUUGGCUGCUCUC